AUGGCACGGCGCAAGCAGUCGGCAGCGGCCCCUCUGGUCGCCGGCCUUCUUCUCUUGGUGUCCGCCCCCACUCCGGUGUUCGCCCACCCUUAUCCUCUCCAAAAUGUCGCAAACAACCUCUUUUACCACCUGGGCGACCAGUUUAUGAAGCGCGAUUGCGUCCAACGUUGCGGAGCCGACUCCCAGUACUGCUGUGGAUCUGGAGAGCAGUGUUACACCGUUAACAACAUCGCUGGCUGCAGUACCGUGAGCGGAGGUGGAGGCUAUGGCAUUUACACCACGACAUGGACUGAGACGAACACCUUUACCAGCACAAUAUCCACAAACUGGCCUGCAGUGACAACAGGGGCAGCUGGGGGAGGCACCGGGGCCACCUGUGUCCCUCAGAGUGAUGGAGAGACGGCCUGUGGCAGCAUUUGCUGCGCCGCCUACCAGUACUGUGCCUACUCAGGGCAAUGCGCUCAGCGCGAUGGCUGGGGCGGAGGUGUCACCACAAUUACAUCGGGAGGCCAUACCAUUACUACCCAGUACUCUGCUCCUUACCGCAUCACAAGCACCGGGGCCACCGGCACCGCCGCCUCAGCAACUAGCACCGGCACAGUCGUACCCAUCACCGACGAGGGCACUGGCGGAGGAUUGAGCGGCGGCGCCAUUGCUGGUAUCGUCAUCGGCACGCUUGCAGGUCUCGGUCUUCUCAUGCUUCUCUGCUUCUGCUGCAUCGCCCGCGGCCUAUGGGGUCUCCUCUUUGGCAAGAAGAAGAAGGAGCACAGCCACAGCCGCGAACGAGUCGAGGUGGUUGAGGAGAGAUACUCGCGUCACGGCAGCCGUAUGCCCUCUGCCCACUCUGGUCGCCCCUCGCACGGCGGCUGGUUCGCAGGUGGCGGCCGUCCAGCCCCGGCUGCUCGUCGCAAGGAAGAGAAGAAGGAAGGCGCCAAGUGGUUGGGCCUGGGAGCCGCCGCAGCGACCAUGUUGGCGCUCUUGAAUCUUAAGAAGGACAAGCCAAAGGCCAAGCCUCGGUCAAGCUACACCGACUCGUACUACUCGUACACGGGGACAAGUCCCAGCAGCUCUAGCUCGGGUGGAAGAACUCACCGCACCGGCCACACACGCGGCACACAUACGACGCGCCACUCACGGAGGUAG